AUGGUAGUACAAAAUAGCCCAGUUUCGUCUGUUCACACAGCCAAUUUCUCUGAACGGGGGAGCAAUACCAGAACAAUGACGUAUAAAAAUAAGCUUACUGUUUGCUUCGAUGACAUCCUAAAAGUUGGAGCAGAAAUGAUGAUGCAACAACAGUUAAAAAAUGUACAACUAGAUUCUUAUCUCGUCAAUGGUUUCAGUCAAUCUCAGCAAAAAUUAUUGAAAGAGAAGGUUAAAUUAUUUCAUGGAAUUUUAGAUGAUUUAGAGACUUCUCUAAGCCAGAGUUCUUCAUAUUUAGAAACUCUUACUGCACUCGGAAAAGAAAAGGAGAAAGAAAGAGAGGAAGCUGAAAAAAAGAGGGCUGAACAAGAAAAUAUGAGGAAGGUUAGAGAACAAGAAGAAUUAAAAAAGCGACAAGAACUCGAAGAAGCCUCCCAACAGCAGCAACUCCAGCAAAAUUCAAAGGAAAAAAAUGGCCUUGGUUUGAACUUCUCCACAACAGCACCUGCGAACACAACGGAUGCCAACGGUUCCAAAGAGAAUUAUCAAGAACUUGGAUCUCUUCAAUCAUCCAGUCAAACACAACUUGAGAACGCAAAUGCUGCUAAUAACGGUGCCGCAUUUUCUCCCUUAACCACUACUCGAAUCCAAAGCCAGCAGGCCCAACCCUCGGAUGUAAUGUUCAACGAUUUAAACUCUAUGGAUAUUUCGAUGUUUUCAGGCCUUGACAGUACUGGUUUUGACUCCACAGCCUUCAAUGCCACGGUGGACGAAACCAAAGGCUUUGACGAUAAUGACUCAGGUAACAACUACAAUGACAUAAAUAUUUCUUCUAUUGAAAACAACAUAAAUAAUAAUAUCAAUAGCACCAAGAACGGCAAGGAUAACAACAACGAAAGCAACAAAAAUAACAACGGCGAUGAAAAGAAUAAGAACAACAACGAGGACAACGAGAACAACAACAACAGCAGUGAGAAGAACAACAAUAAUAAUAAUAAUAACAAUAACAACAAUGACGAUAACGGCAACAACAACAACAACAACAGUGGGAACGACAAUAACAAUACCACCAACAACGACAGCAAUAACAAGAACAAUUCUAUCACUACCGGAAAUGAUAAUGAAAAUAUAGUUAAUAAUGAUUUACCAACGACCGUUGUUUCCAAUCCUGGAGAUAACCCUCCUCCAGCCGACAACGGUGAAGAAUACUUGACAUUAAAUGAUUUCAACGACCUUAAUAUUGACUGGUCGACCACUGGAGAUAAUGGCGAAUUAGACCUCAGCGGCUUCAAUAUAUAG